AUGUCCGACCAUCCAGAUGAGUUCUUCCUAUAUUAUAAGAUGACAGAUCUCGCCAAAUCAUCGAAAAAAUCCUCAAAUGAAGCAGCAGGAUGGGAUAUUUAUGCAGCAGAAAUGCAUGAAAUCCCCCUGCAUUCACGAGCUGUGGUAGGAACGGGAGUCGUGAUUGACCCUCCCAAACAUACCUAUACACGAAUAGCUCCAUGCAGCAGACUGGCUGCACGAGGAAUUGAUGUGGGGGCAGGAGUCGUCGAUCCAAAUUACACUGGGGAACUCAAAGUCGUACUAAUCAACACAACAGAUUUCAUAUUUUCGGUCAAGCCAGGAGAUAGAAUAGCCCAAAUAAUCUUCGAGUAUUAUGCAGAAGGGCUUCCCUCCCAAAGCUACCAACCGUUGUGA